AUGUGUUUUGACCCAGUGCGCGAAGAAGCCCAGUCCCCGCUAUCCGACAACGACGGCGGCGAGCGUCCCGUCCGCCAGCAACUCAAACAAACCUCCAUUCAAUCCACCCCUCUCACCACCGCUACCAAAGAAAAUGGCCGAAAGCGUUCCUUUGACGAGUCCCGCGACGACCAAGCUAACCCCGACGAGAAUGGUGAGGCUCCCCGAAAGCGAUCUCGCGAGGGCACGCCACAGGACGAAAGCAAUAUCGAAGCUACCACCAUGAAGGACGCAUCUGCCGGCGCAAAAUCAGAGAAUGUGAGUGACAACGUUUCUUUCCCCGUUUUGGCCCCCCCUGGAAAUGGCCGAUAA